AUGUCUACCACCACCACCUCCGUCGCUGCCAGCGCCACGGCCUGCAACACUGUGUCCUACUGGCAGGUCCCCGUCGAGGAUGCUGCCUGUGUCCUCCCCAAGACCGGCAACUACUCGGACGUCAUGGACAAGUGCUGUACCCCUGCUAAGGUGACCGAAUUCGAUAACGGCUGCGGCCUCUACUGUCUCGCCCAGGGCCAGAGUGUCGGCGACCUUAAGGACUGCCUGCGCAAGGAAGGCGCCCAAGAUGGCCGCGAGUUCUACUGCAAGGGCAACGAUACUGCCACGGCCACGGCCUCCGCUCCGUCUUCCACCAAGACCGGCGACAAGACCGGCACUUCCACCGGCAGCAGUGCCUCCUCGACCUCCUCCGACAGCGCCGCCUAUGCCAUCCAGCCUGCUGUGUCCAAGGGCGGACUUGGUCUCUUGGCUAUGGUCUUCUGCUCGGCUUUGAUGGGUGUUGUUGCCUAG